GCUGACCGCUUGAGAUCUCCGUACAGUGGUAAAAGUACUUGGGUACCAGUACAUACCCAACUUCGUGUGCCUUGGCUUUUCAGGUUGUGGUGCGGUUCUUUGCGGUGUACUGCAGUGCAGUGCCAGUGCCAGUGCCGGUGGGCGAGUCCAAGCCGCCCAAAUCCAUGGCAUUCGCUUGGCUGGUGUCUGUGGCGAGUGCAAUUGCAGUGUGGCGCAAGUGUGGCCCGCCAGCCGGAGUCUGACAAACUUCAAACUGCACUGGCAGUUGAACAUGCCUGUCUCCAUAGUCCGUGGGGACUCAAGUCUGGACAGUUGUUCACAAACGCGCCAUACCAAGAAGUUUAUAGAUGACAACAGAUCAACAACUCCCCUUAAUUGACUUGGCUCAGUCUUCUGCUCGAUUCUCUUCAAGUACCCUCACGAGUACCGCUUCGCAUUUUGCACGUACGAUGUUCUCAACAUCUCCCUACAUGACUGUAUCCUAACCUACUAUUUACCUCGUGCCUCCAAAUUCCAUUUCGCUCUCAAUAUGGCACCUCCCGGAAGGCGGAAGAUCUCAUCGAUCACAUUUUUACCUCUCCUCUUCCUCCUCCUGCUAGCUACAAGCGCACAAGCCGCGUCCGCAGUCCUCGGCAUCGAUUUCGGCACAGAAUAUAUCAAGGCGGCCAUUGCCAAACCCGGGGCUCCCAUCGAAAUCGUGCUGUCCAAAGAUUCCAAGAGAAAAGAGGCCGCGACUAUUGCAUUCAAGCCGUCAAGGUUGCAGAGUAACGCCGCCCAAACAUACCCCGAACGACUGUAUGGCGGAGAUGCGGUCGCUCUGUCCGCCAGGUUUCCGGCGGAUGUCUAUCCGAAUCUGAAGACACUCUUGGGAGUGGACAUUUCCUCCGCUGCAGUAGAGACCUACAAGACGCGACACCCGGGGCUUAACGUUGUACCGAUGCCUAGGUCGGAUGCAGACAAGGAUGUGGGAAAUACUGUUGGUUUCAAGAGCCAGAGUUUUGGCAAGAAAGAGGAAGUCUUUAUGGUGGAGGAGCUGCUGGCGAUGGAAUUGAAGAAUAUCCGCAACAAUGCCGAGACGAUGGUGCCCAAGGGAACCUAUGUCACUGAUGUGGUCAUCACUUAUCCUGCUUUCUUUACGGCUGAGGAGAAGAGAGCGCUCGAGUUAGCUGCAGAUAUGGCCGGCCUACGGGUACUGGGUCUCGUCAGCGAUGGACUCGCUGUCGGUCUCAAUUAUGCUACCCUCCACGCAUUUGACAGUGUCUCCGAAGGCGGAAAGCCUGAAUACCAUCUAGUCUACGAUAUGGGCGCAGGCUCGACCACAGCCACUCUUUUGAAAUGCCAAGGAAGGACGGUCAAGGGCUACGGCAAACGCAAUCAGACCAUUCAGGAAGUUAUCGUGGUUGGCACUGGAUAUGACGCCACAUUAGGAGGAGACUCACUUAACGAUGUGAUUGUCGAAGAUAUUGUCAAUCAAUUUCUCGAGGCCCCCCAGGUCAAGAAGCUGGGACUGGACAAGUCUCAACUUCGGAGUCAUGGUAAGGCUAUGGCUAGGAUAUGGAAGGAAGCCGAGCGUAUUCGACAACUUCUGAGCGCAAACGCCGUUUCGGGAGCUACACUCGAGGGAAUAUACAACGAGGAUAUCACUUUCAAAUACAGCCUGACUCGAGACAAGUUCGAAGAGCUCGCGGCCGACCAUGCUGCACGUGUCGGAAAGCCACUCUCUGCAGCUCUCCAAUCCGCUGGCCUCGAGCUCAGUGACCUUGACUCCAUUAUUCUGCAUGGAGGAGUUAUCAGGACGCCCUUUGUGCAGAAACAGCUCGAAAAAGUUGCUGGUGGGGCUGCAAAGCUCAAAGCAAAUGUGAACGCUGAUGAAGCCGCUGUCAUGGGUGCGGCUUUCAAAGCUGCUUCUCUGAGCACAAGUUUCAGGGUGAAGGAUAUCCGAGGAACAGACAUCUCCGGCUUUCCUUUCAGCCUGAAGUGGACCGCCGAGAAGAAGGACAGGACGCAGAAAGUGUUCACUCCAGCCUCUCAGGUGGGAACCGAGAAGCAAGUGCCCAUCAAAACGCUGCAGGAUCUCAAGCUCGAUUUCCUUCAGACGGUUUACGACAGGGAUGUCCCUAUUGCCGAGGUGGCUGCAACCAAUAUUACAAAGUCUGUGACGGAGCUCAAGGAGAAAUAUGGUUGUGGAGCUGCCAAUAUCAGUACUGUCUUCAAUGUUCAGCUGAGGCCUUUGGAUGCCCUGCCAGAAAUUGUUUCAGGGUCUGUUAGCUGCGAAACCAACGGUAGUAAAUCCGGAGGCGUGAUGGACAACGUCAAGGGGCUAUUUGGCUUUGGUGGCAAGAAGGGCGAUGAGCAGCAGGUGUUACAAGAGGAGGACACGACUGAGGAGGGCAUAGCAUCGGAGACUCCACUCCCUGUGUCUGAUUCAACAAGUUCGGGAUCUACAAUCUCAUCGGCGUCGCCAUCUCCCAAACCAUCAGCUUCAUCAGCAAGCGACUCGGCCAAGCCUGCACAGGCCACUCCCUCUGUCGUCUCCAUCCCUCUGGCCGUCAAAUCGAAGCCCCUCGGCCGCAACAUACCGCCUGUCAAAUCUCUACCACAAAUACGCCAGCGACUUACCCAGUUUGAUAAUUCAGACCGUAACGCUGCGCUCCGUGCCGAGGCCUUGAACACAUUGGAAGCGUUCACCUAUCGCACCCGUGACUACCUCGAAGACGAAUCGUUCAUUGCUGCCUCGGGCGAGAAGGCACAGAAAGAAUUGGAACAGCAGCUUGCUGGUAUUUCUGAGUGGCUUGAUGAGAAGGGAGCAGAUGCCACACUGGAGGAUUUCCAGAGGAAAUUGAAAGACCUUCGGAAGUUGGUGGAUCCCGUGUUGAAGCGUCGCGAGGAGGCUUCCAGACGGCCCGAUGCAAUCAAGGCUCUCCAGGAUGGACUGGAAAGCCUCAACUCGAUGAUCAAGAUGGUUGAAGGCAGCAUCCAAAAAGCAGCCGAGAGUGCAGCAUCCAGUGCGAGCUCCGUGGCCUCGUCGGUGGCAUUAAGCGCCACCUCCAGCCCCAGCUCAUCUUCAUCCGCGGCGGAUGUGGACGAUGAUCUCGAAGAAGAUCCUUACAGCAGCACAGCGUCGGCGGCAGCAGAUGAAGAAGCAGAUGCCGAACCGACGGCCGCCGAAACAGAGACGGUCAGACCAUACGAAUAUACUCUGGAUGAUCUAUCUCUGUUGAAGGCAAAACACGAGACAGUGCGAGCCUGGCUUGACGAGAAGCUGGCGCUUCAAGACAAACUCCAGCCCCACGAGGAACCCGCCUUUCUAGUGGCCGACCUCGAGAAGCGAGGCCAGGAGCUGCAGAAGGUUGUGUCGGAGAUGAUCAUGAAGACAAUCAAGAUGCAGGAACCUCCUCGAAAGGUCAAGGGCGGCAAGAAGGCGGCGAAGAGCAAGUCGAACAAAAGCAAGACGAAAAGCUCUUCCUUCUCUUCAACUAUUAGCACCGCUGGCGGAAGUGAGUCUACUUCAUCAUCCUCUCCAGCCAAGAGUGCCAGCGCCAGUGCCAGUUCGAGUAGGAGAGAUGAACUGUAGCGCCGCACAAGUUUGGUUUGAUAAGUAUGUACUACAAGAUUCAUGGAAUGAGAAUAUGAACUCGCGGUGAUUUUUCCGUUUGGACCAACGCUUCUGCCACCUUUGUAAUAAGGCAAUGGCGCUCGCUCGCUUCGUAUGUACCUACAAUUAUUAAGAUAGUAUGGAUCCUGUGUUUCAAGUUUGCCACGACU